AGUUUGAUCAAAGAGCUGCGGCAGCUCCACGAGGACAUCGACCGCCUCUUCAACGUGCUGGACCUCGCUGCGAUGGACUCGAUGAUGGACUGGAAGCAGCAGUGGGAGGCGGACCAACGCGCGCAGCAGGAGACGCUGGCGCUGCUGGUCCAGAAUGACAACGCGAUUCUGCAGGAACUGGCAGACGCUCGCACGCAACGCGAAGCCAUGAUGACGGCCCAGUUCGAGAUGAAGCAGCACUCGGACAAGCAGAACGAGAUGAUACUCCAGCUCUUGACGGCGUUCACGCAGACGGUGAAGCGGACGACCGACGGGGGAUCGGAGAAGCUGCCGCCCUGGUUCCUGCCGCGUCACGAGGUCCGAUUCGACCCGACGCCGUUCGCGCGCGGUUCGUAUGCUACUUUGCAUCGCGGUGUGCUGGGGUUUGACCAGAAGGUGGUCGUGAAGUGCUUCCUCGUGGAUGGAAUGGCGGCGGGUGAAGAGGCCAAGAAGCAGAUUGAGGCGGAGAUAGCGCUGUGGCACCGCUUCAACAACCAGAACGUCAUUCGAAUGUUUGGCGCCUCGCACGUGAGCUCGCCCCCGUUCAUUGCGUGUGAGGACGCGACCAACGGAGAUCUGCGCUCGUUCCUGACGAUUGGGGACAACAAGCAGCACAUGUGGCGACUGCUGUACCAGGCGGCGCUGGGGCUGGAGUACCUUCACAAACUGAAGGUGGUGCACGGAGACCUCAAGCUCAACAACAUUCUCGUUGGUGCUGAUGGCCAGGCAAAGCUGGCAGACUUCGGCCUCAGUGCUGAAAGCGCAUCGUCUGAUAGCACUGUGGUCGACGGCUUGUUACAGGCGAAACCAGACCAUUUCAAGGACAUGGCAGCAUGCGUCGUGCAGAACCUCACCCGCAACAUAGCUGCCCACAUUGAAAUCGAACGCCAAGGAGGGAUUGCACAACUCGUAGCGCUCACUCAAAAGGGAACUGGCACACAAAAGCAAUUUGCUGCUGCCGCAUUAUCAAAUUUUACGACGAAUCCCGGAUACCUUGCAACAAUAGCCCGAGAUGGAGGCAUCAUCUCACUCAUUGGACUGCUGAGAAGUGGAACCGAUGGGCAAAAACAUUUUGCAGUGAAUAUUACCACGAACGACGAAAAUCGAGUUCAGGUAGUGAGCGAAGGAGGCAUCGCGCUAUUGCUUGAGCUUCUGAGCACUGACUCCGACGAGGUCAAGGAUAAUGCGGCUGGGGCUCUCGCAAAUCUGUCAAUAAACGAAGCGAUCUGUAGUGAGAUCGCUCGUGCCGGAGGCAUUAUACCACUCGCUGCAUUGCUUCGCAAUGGAACAGAUUGUCAACAAAUGCACGCUGCACGUGCAAUAGGCUUCCUUGGCCGGCUGGACGAGAACAGUAAGGUGAUUCUACGCAUUGGAGGGAUUGAGUCUCUAGUUUGGCUACUGCAAAAUGACACGGACGGGCAAAAGACUGCAGCAACGGGUGCGUUAAUGUUCCUUGCUUCGAGUGGAGAUGUGGUUCGAGUUGAGAUCGAUCGCCAGGGAGGAGCUGCUGCUCUUGUCAAGCUGCUACGAGACGGACUUGAUGAGCAAAUAAUGCUCGCUGCCGGAGCCAUUGGAGCUCUUGCUGCCAGCGAAUCAGUUCCGUUUGCAGUUGCACGGGAGGGAGGUGUUGCGGUACUUCUUGACCUUGUGCGGGCCGGAACCGAUGGUCCUAAAGCUGGGGCUUUGGAUGCGCUCGGUCAGCUUGCCUGCAACAGUAUCGUUGCUAUCGAGAUUGUGCAGAAGGGCGGCGUUCCAAUCCUUGUAGGCAUCCUCGAAACUGGGGACGACGAACAAAGGAACUAUGCUGCGUUUACUGUUGCGAAUCUUGCCGUCACGGAAGCUAUUUGCGAUGAAAUCGUACGCGAACGUGUGAUUGUGUCCCUCGUCAAGCUCGUGCGAAGUGGGACUGAAGUGCACAAACAAAUUGCUGCGGCGGCUAUCAGAAACCUCGCCAACAAAGAUUCAAUCCGGGCUGAGAUUGUCCGACAAGGUGCAGUCGGACCGCUUGUCGCGCUUCUUACGUCCGGAACGGAUCUCCAGAAGGAAUGCACUUUGCAAGCGCUUCAGAACUUGAGUGACAGUCGUAUAGUUUGCGUUGACAUUCUACAAGGCGGGGUGGUGACACCGCUUGUUGCGAUAUUGCGUUCUGGAAGUACGGAACUACACUGUCCUGCUAUUGGUAUUCUGUUGAACCUUGCUAGCUCCGACGAGGGAAGAACGGCGAUUUCUCACGAGGGAGGCAUCCCACCACUAAUUGAGAUUCUUCGGUUCGGUUCUGAUGAGCUUAAGCAGAACGCUGCGAAGGCGCUGGUGAUGCUUUCCAGCAACGAUGGUAUUGGUGGCGACGUUGUGCGUGAAGGAGGCGCCGAUCCUUUGUUGACGCUUCUGCGCAUUGGGUCGGAGGCUCAAAAGUACCAAACAUUGUCGGCGCUGAUGAAUUUAAGGGCUGGCACCGAUAUGAUUCGAGCCUCAAUCGUCCAAACUAACUGUGUCACUACUUUAGUAGCACUUUUGCGAAUGGGAUCAAGCAAUCAAAAGCGCUGUGCAGCAAGAGUUAUGGCAAAGCUGUCCUUCAGCGAGGAUAUUGGUGCUGCGCUUGGCCAGGAAGGAGGAAUUGAGCUGCUUGUGAACCUGAUGAGGACUGGAACCAUUGGAGAUAAGAUGCUUGCUGGUAUAGUCCUGGGAAAUGUUGCGCUGAGCGAUGACGCAAAUCGCGCUACUAUCGUUCGUGAGGGGGGCGUUGAAUUGUUUGAGACGAUUCGACGGGACGGAACCGAGCUACAGCAGCAGGUCGCAGCGCGUGCUUCGCGCCAGUUGAAUGCUGACUGCUGCGCUCUCAUGUGA